CAUCGAUCCAUCAACCAAAAUCCACUUCGCACACAUCGAUCCAUCAACCAAAAUCCCCACGAAACCCUAAUCAUCUAAGCCCAAAUUUCGCGAGUUUCACCUUCAGAGGAAAAUAACCCAGUCCCACCAGCUAAUUUUACUCAAAACAUGAAAUAAUCUUAUGGUAGUCCCUUCAUGCCAGAACAUAGAGGGCUUUGGUUAAGAAGCAAGUAGAAGACAACAAUACCAGGGUGGUUGUCUGGCAAAUCCUUUCUUUCACAUUAAAUGAGAAGAGUGCUUUUGUGAGGGAAAUAAUUCUUGAAGAAUUGGCUAAGGUAUGGGUUUUGGGCAUCUUUACUGAUUUACCAUUCAAAGAGUAGGAGAAUUGUAAGGCACAAGAUCCUCAUGCACUGGGCAUGCUUGCAAUUUGUUAGGACUUGCUGUCUCUCCACUCCCAACCCCCCACUUCCCUCCCCCACCCCACAAACACACCCAAAAGGAAAAAGAAAAAGGAAAAGGAAAGGAAUAAAAUAGAUAAUGUAUUGAGUUAUUCUACGAUUCAACACAUCACUGAUGAUAAGUUGGAUCAAAAUGUGAUGUGUUAUUGUUUAACAAAUUUUCUUGUAUACCAUUGAGGGGUUUGUCCCCAUUUCUAGUUUUCUACUAAACCUAAUGAAACUGUGUAUUCCUACUCUUCUAAUGUACAAAAAAAUAUGUAAUCCGGUCCAAAUAUGUAAUCAAAAUGAACCUAUGUACUACUCUUCAUUUCUGUUGUGUAUUUCUUGCUUUAUGAAGUCUCUAUCUUGAUCUUGUGCCAGAGUUCUUAAUUCCUGCUUAAACCAGUCUUGGUCUAGGAAGUGGAUUAUUGUUUACAGGCCUGAAUUAGGAUUGGAAUCAUUGGUCUUGAUGUGACCCUUUUUAAUUUGUUUUGUAAAGAUGUGAUUACUAAAUUGUUUCUAGCUUUAAUUACUCUUUUUUCCAUUUGACUUCAAACCUAUUAGUUCAACUUUUGAGUUGUGACUUGCUAUUAGAUGUUUAGAUGUUUCAACUAUUAUCCUUUAAUAAUCAAUUUUAUCACCUGUAUGCAUGUCUCAUGAUAAUUAAUAUAGUAAUAGCGAGAAAUUAUUAUAUUGUCCGGAGAUUAUUGGUAUGAGUUAAUAAUCACAAAAUUAAUCUUUUUUGACUCAUGAUGAAGUUGGUGUAGGUUAUCAAUAACUUCUACUAGAGUUAUUGAAUAAGUCAGCAAAAAGCUAUGGGGGAUAAAGGUUGGAUGCACCUCGAUGACAGGUUAUUAGAAUAACAAAUAGCUUUAUUGAUAAAAGCUAAAACAUUAUACCUCUUAUUUUGGUAAUAAUUAAAAGUUUUAAGUCUUUAAUUGUAGAGCUUUAGAAGAGUAUACAAAUGGAGCAGAAAGAUUUGUCGCUUGGGCUCGCGUUAAUGCAAGGAAUCGAGAUACCAUUUUAUGCCCUUGUAAACUUUGUUUAAACUCACAAUAUCAACAUUACCAUAAGGUAUACGAGCAUAUAGUGGAAAAGGGAAUGGAUUCCAAUUACACUGUAUGGGUCUUUCAUAGAGAGAAGAGGAGUACACAAGUAGUAAAUGAAGGCAAUGAAAAUUGUAUGGAAAUACCUGAAACGUAUGAGAUGUUCAGGGAUGCAUAUUUUGGUGGUGAAGACAACGUUGCUACAAAGCAUAUUGAAGGAAGUAUAGAGGAUGAGUUUAGAGAGGCGUUGGAACAUGCUGAAACUCCUUUAUAUACAAAUUGCAUGACAUUUACAAUUAUCUCAGCAACUGUUGCUUUAUAUAAGCAUAAAGCUGCUUUUAAUCUAUCUGACACCGGAUAUGAUGAGCUUCUUAAAAUUCUUCGUGUUAUGCUUCCACCAGAUAACCAGCUUCCUAAAGGAAUGUAUGAAGCAAAGAAGCUAUUAAAGACAUUUGAUUUGGGGUAUGAAAAAAUACAUGCUUGCAUUAAUGAUUGUUAUUUGUUUAUAAAAGAAAAGGAGGAUAUGAAUGCAUGCCCAAAAUGUGAUUCUUCAAGGUGGAAAAUGAACACACAGAAUAGUAAGGUUCAAGAAGGAGUUCCGGCUAAGGUGUUAUGGUACUUUCCAAUAUUACCAAGAUUUAGGCGUUUGUUUCGAUCGAUUGAAAAGGCUGAAUAAGUAUUGUGGCAUUCAACAAAUAAAAGUCAAGAUAGAAAUAUGCGACAUCCAGUUGAUUCACUUGCGUGGGAUAUCAUAAAUAAGAAGUGGCCGUGUUUUGCAUCCGAUCCUCGAAAUUUAAGGCUUGGCCUUGCGGCCGAUGGGGUAAAUCCAUUCGGCGAUCUUAGCACUAAACAUAGUUGCUGGCCGAUGAUUUUAGUUGUAUAUAAUUUUGACCCAUUGCUUUGCAUGUCUAAAGAGAAUCUGAUGUUGAUGAUGUUGAUCUCAGGGCCAAAGCAACCAGGGAAUAAUAUUGAUGUGUUUUUGGAGCCAUUGGUGGAAGAUUUAAAGGAGUUAUGGGAAAAAGGUGUUCAGCUUUACGAUUCAUUUACUAAAUCUAUGUUUAAUUUGAAGGUGAUAUUGAUGUGGACAAUUAAUGAUUUACCGGCUUAUUCUAAUCUGUCUGGUCAGGCAACAAAGGGUGAGUGUGGUUGUCCAGUGUGUGCUAAAGAAACAUGCUCAGAGUGGCUGCCGUGUAGUAGGAAGACUGUGUUUAGGGAUACUCGGCGAUUUCUUUCAAUUAAUCACCGAUAUAGAAAGAAGAAAACUUGGUCUGAUGGAAAAGAAGAAUUGAGGAGGCCACCUAGACCAUUAUCUGGUUCAGAAAUUUUUCGUGUUGUUGAGAAUUUUGAGAAUUAAGUGGGGAAAAACGCCUAAAAUAUGCAUGAAUUCCAAAGUAAAAUCUUCUAAAAACAUAAGAGGUCCAACGAAAAUCUUUCCCAAAAGAGCAACACUUCCAAAAAAAAACCCAGCACUUCGCCAUGGAAGAAAAGGUCUAUAUUUUUUGAAUUACCAUAUUGGGAGGUAUGUAAUUUGAAAUCAUUACGGAGUUUAACUUUUUUGGGCAUUAUUAUUUCUUUGAGGAGAUCACAUUCUUUACGAAUAAUUCAUAUUUUCUUGUUAUGAUAGGCAUUACCUCUUCGCCACAAUUUGGAUGUGAUGCACAUUGAAAAGAAUGUUUGUGAGAGCAUUCUCGGUACUUUAUUAAAUAUGAAGGGAAAAUCAAAGGAUGGACUCAAGUCUCGUAUGGAUUUGGAAGAAAUGGGCAUUAGGGUUGAUUUGCACCCAAGGAAUCAAGCACGAAACAUUACUUGCCACCAGCACUCUAUACAUUAUCAAAGGAAGAGAAGGGCAAUUUUUGAAAAGGUUACAACAGUUGAAGUUGCCUGAUGGUUAUAUUUCAAACAUUGGGCAACGAGUCUCAUUGGGUGAAUGCAAGAUUAGUGGCCUAAAAUCCCAUGAUUGUCAUGUUUUGAUGCAACAAUUAUUACCUAUAGCUUUACGUGGAUUAGCACAUAAAGGUCCGAGGAAUGCUAUAUUUCGCUUAUGUGCGUAUUUCCAUGGAAUAUGCCAAAGGGUGAUUGAUAGGAAGCAAUUGGAAAAACUUGAAAAUGAAAUUGUUGAAACUUUAUGCAUGUGUGAAAGGUUUUUUCCACCAUCUUUCUUCGACAUUAUGGUACACGUCACCAUUCAUCUUGCACGAGAAGCUCGUCUUUGUGGACCAGUUCACUUUCGUUGGAUGUACCCAUUUGAGAGGAUUAUGAAGGUUUAUAAAGGAUAUGUUAGGAAUCGAGCAAGACCGGAAGGGUGCAUAGCAGAAUGUUAUUUGGUGGAUGAAUUUGUACAAUUUUGUAGUGAGCAUAUGGAAAAAGUAUCUGAAAUAGGGUUUCGUCGAUCUAGAAAUGAAGAUAUUGAAUGUGAAAGUACGGAAAGAGGACGCCCAAUAUCUAAGGGAAUUUCAAAACCCAUUCCUCCUGACAUGUUAGCCAUUGCUCACCGUUAUGUAUUAUUCAACAGUGACGAGGUCGAACCAUACAUAGAAAAGCAUCGGGAGGAACUCAGGCGUUCUGACAGUCGUCUAGCAAGGAAUGAACAUUUGUUAGAAAAGAGACAUAUGGAGACCUUCAGUUCAUAGAUAAAAACUAUGAUCUGUUCAAGUACAAAUGUAUCAGGUAAGUUAAAGUGGCUUGCACGUGGCCCUAGAACAGAAGCAAUGUCCUAUGCUGGCUAUGUUGUGAAUGGUCAACGAUUUCACACAAAGGAUAUUAAGAGAAGCACACAAGAUAGUGGUGUUUUUAUUGAAGCUGAAACUAUAUGCCGAUCUAGUGUGAGAGACACAAAUCAAGUUAUUGAAAAAAUAACUUACUAUGGCAUUCUGAAAGAUAUAAUUUUGUUGAACUACUACACUUUUGAGGUGCCAUUAUUUGAUUGUGAUUGGGCAAACAUUAGAAAUGGCAUCAAAGUUGAUGAUGGAUUUACGUUGGUGAACCUUCGUGAAGGUCAAAGUCAGUUUGCAAAAGAUCCAUAUAUCCUUGCAUUGCAGGCUAAGCAAGUGUUUUAUUCUAAGGAAUCCGAAAUGUCAAGUUGGUAUGUUGUACUUAAAGCAUCAAUUAGAGGAUCUCAUGAUGAAGAUAGUUUUGAAGAAAACCCUCAUGUGCCUUACGCCCCUUUAGAUAUAUCAAGACUUGACAUUGUUGAUGAUGACGAUCAUCCAUAUGUACGAGAUGAUUGCGAGGACCUAAUAGUGUAGAAUUAAGGGUUAUAGUAAUUGUUGGUCUUAUUUUUUGGUGGCUCUUAUUUAGUGUGCAAUCUGGUUUUGGUAUGUCCAUUAAUAAAAUAUUGUUCUGUUGUUGGAGAUUGUUUCACUCUUUAUUAGCUAGUGAGAUAAUAAUUCAUUUGCGUCAUUGUAUUACUUUGUUAUUAUUCUUCUCACUGCAGAUUUUUAAGCUUCUACGCAGAUCAAUUUUUACAUCCUUAUCAUUAUGUCUGACUAUGCCGAGAGUUCUAGAAAAGUUACAAAAAGAUUAGAACGGGAGCGUCAAGCAAUUUUGGCUGGUAUGGUGCGUCAACCCUCAGUUAUGUGCAUUUCUGAUGGGGGUUCAAACUCCCCUCAUACAUCCACAGGUGACCAAAAUGUAGUAGUUGGUGAGCCUUCAUCCAAAUCAUGCAAGUUCUCAAGUCCCUACCCCUGUGGACACCGCAACAAGUGCUACGAAAUGAAAGGUUAGGGGGAAGUCUACAUUGUGUGGUAUUGCUUCAUCACAAGAAAAGAAGCCCCGUGUGGAAUUUGAUGAAAACGAUCAUCCAAUUGGGCAAAUUGGUAAGAAAUAUAAUUUAGCCCUUCCGAUAAUAGUGCGGGAGCUUGUGCCGGUAACUAUACGAAGAUGGAACACAGUACUGGAGCAAUUCGGAGAUGAAUUAUGGGAGGCCGUACAGAUGCAGUUUAAUGUUGACGAUAGUGCAUCUCGAUACUCAUUUCAAAAGAUGGGAGCUGCAUAGCGCACCCAUAAAUCAAUUAUCACAAGUGAUGUGCUGAAGGUGGGAAAAAACACACGAAAUAUACAACUCAUGAAGCCUGACACUAUGCCCACAAUGGAGGAGUGGCUAAGUUUUGCUAGGCUGCGUUUAUCAAAAGAGCAUGCUGUGGAAAGAUAGAAAAAGCAAGAAUUAAAAGCUAAAAACAAAACCCCCCACACUAUGACGGAUUGGGAUAUGCAGGGUUGACCAAGGAGAUG